AUGGCUCUGCUCCUGCGCGCACGUCGGGCCACGGGCGCUGCAUCCAUCCAUCCAUCCAUAUACGUCAGGACGUCAAAAUAUGCACGCCCGCCGUGGCGCGUGAAACCCAGUGCCGACGGCAGCGAACGCUCCCUCUCGCGCCCACGCGCGGCCAAGGUGCUCCCGGGCAACGAGGGCCUCGGCCAGGCGGGCAGAGGGCAGAUGCCUGUCCCCAUGGCCUCCCUGUCCCUACGGCAUAGUACACCCACUACCACUACCACACACCAAUACGGUGCUGGUGCUCGCGUACCCACAUGGCCCUCAUUAGCCUGCGACGUGGACCUCAUGGCACUGCUCCAGUCGGCCGCGCUGCGGGUCGUCGAUGUCGACUAA